GGCACCAAUGUAAGGAGAAUUCUGUCAAAAACAAAAUUGCGAUUUACCAUAGAGUGGAAAGAAACUAGGUAAAACCAAAAACGAAAUUUAAUUGGAAAAGAAAUCAGUAUAUAAGAAACGGUUCGGAUUGGAAAAAUAGGAUCAUUUUACGAUAGCAGCGUGGUUGGUUGUUUGUUUACACUAUUCACAAACGAUUGAUUUUCCACUGUUUGACUGUCAUCAAAUCCUCUUCGUAAAGGAAAUGUGCAUUUUUUAAAGAUUUAAUUGGAUUUCAAUUGGUUUUGACGAAGAAUGCUGGAGUUAAAAACUGAGAUUAUCGAUGAGACCGCGUCUGCUUCAAUCCUUGAUUUGCAUGAAACAGAACGAAUUGAAAUAAAGGGAAGUUCAGUACAUUACUAUGUUAAUGAUCAUAUCAAUCGAACGUUUGACUAUAGCCUGGACAGCCAACAAGUGCGAGCGGCAUUAAUCACAACAUUUGAUAAGAAUAGAAAGGCAAUUGUAGUUAUUUUGGAUGAUAUUGGAUACAUUUAUUAUGUCAAUGAUCAAAAUAACGACACGUAUAUUGUGAAUAUUCCAUUUUCCACGAAAAGUGCUUGGUCUUCUCCAAAGGGUAUCUAUUUGGAACGUCUCUAUGCUGAUAGCGAAGAUAAAAAUGAUGGUUGGCCACGCAUAUUUUGUUUGAACGGGCCCCUAGACGAGUUAAGCCUGAUCCGCGUCGAAGGAAAGAAGAAGCUUUCGGCCCAUGAUACCAUUGUCUAUAUUGUGAACGAUAUCGUCGUUACCCAUAAUGACAAAGAGAAGAGACUUUCAUUUUGGAGAAGCAGGUUUUCGGAUACAAAUGCACAUACUGUUAGUCAAAGAUCUCGGGGGAAACGGAGAUCUAGUGUCCUUUCAAAGGACAGGCUGUCAGAAAUUACACGUUCAGAAUCUUUGUACUACUCGGCCAAUGAUUCCAUGUUUAAUAAAUUUGAAGAGGAAGGCUUUGUAUACUCUUCCGUUUUUUCACAUAUUGAGUCAUUUCCCAUGAGCACUGUGAGUUCUUUCGAUUCCAUAAUUGUAAAUGGAGUUCUUGUCAUAUUCUCUCUCGUGAAAGAACUACAAAAGGCUUAUAUGAUGAUUUUCCGUCUCGUACAAGGAAAGCCUCCUUAUUUUCUUGAUUCUUUGCAACUUCAUUCCACCAAUAUCGCAGCGUUAAAAUCUAAACAUCUUCAGAAAAUUGUGGUACUUUCUGCUAAAGGAAAGGUUACUCUGGAAUCUCCCAUGUCGCCUUCACUUACCAUAGAAGGAACAUUUACUAAUUUCUCUGUUCGUGGCGCCUCUCUCUAUUUGACAGAUACAAAAGGAAGGCAGAGAUACCUUUCUAUAGAUCGAAGCGUAUCCAACAGUCUUGUUAACUGGUCAUUUACUGUCUUACGCCAUAUUUUACCGCUGCGUGAAUAUGAAAUCUUUUAUACGGGCUACUUGUUUUCUUUAUUUACGUAUAAACUAAAUGACGAUGAAGCUUUUUUUUCAGCAGUCUUAGCAUGUUUUUUCUUCUUUUCGUCUGUCCGAGAAUAUCCCGAAACAACUGAUACUCUGGAAGAGGUGAUCUAUUUUCCAUCUUCAAUAAGUUUUAAAAAAGAGUUAAAGAUCGCCAUGUUUCUUUCCUCAGAAUUUGAUUAUUCUUCUUUUAAACAGUUCCUCCCGUUGAUUAGUUUGUCACUACAUUUCAUAUCUGAGGAGCUGAGAUUAGACGUUACUUCGAAACCUAGGAAAGAUUAUCUGACCUCCUUCUUAUAUCAAUUAAGUUAUCUGAUGGGUUGGAGUCGCUUUGCUGAGUAUUAUGAACUUGAUAUCUCUGACAUUUGUAAAGUUCAACCGAUAUCGUUGCAUUUACAAAUCCAAGAACCAAGUGAAUUACCAUCAAUAUACAAAUGGAUGAUUGAAUGUUUUUAUCAUCAGAAAAUUUCAAUUUCCUACAGUCCUGAGAUAUAUGGCUUACCAUCUUCAUGUUAUUCCCUAUUCCCCCAAAGUUAUGCUUUCUUUCAGCUUUUUGAUUGCUUAUUUAAUAAUGAAAUGUCAUUGCAUAAUUUUGUUGAAGAGAUGGUGCGUCUUGGUAUAACAAGGCAACGGAUUGAAAGAUAUCCUUCAGGUAUUGCCUCCAUUUUAUACACUAUAUUGGAUACAUGUGCUUAUGACUUCCCAGGAUAUUGGGGUAGCGAAGAACUGCAAAUGGUUAACCGUUUGGAUGUUGAUAGCUUUUUACAUCCCAAAAAAUCAAAUUGGUUUUUAUCUACCUCGACGGAAGAGAACAAGGAUAUUAGAGUUCUGACUAAUUCUGUAACCGAUUUCACGCUUAAUGAUUCGAUAAAUACCCAUACUAAACAGCCUUAUGCUGAUAUGAUUUUUCGUCAGGACCGUCGAUUAGCAGAGGUUGAACAAUUGUUAUGUUACUCCAAACAAAUAAGCGUUAUGACUGAUCAAUUUGAUAUUGAUCUUAGUUCAGUCACUAUGCAACAGAAACUAGCUCAGUCAAUAUGCAUUAGAAGUCUAGCAAUACCUAUUGGCACUGGCAUGUUAACAUAUGGAACUAAAAAUCCUCUCCCUACUGAACGAAUAAGUCCCCUUCCGUUCAAAUUUACGGUUCAUUUGCAUCCUGGUACCUUAUUGAUUAAUCCUGACAAAGACUUUAUAACAUCUUCGUUGACAGAAUGGCCUGAGUUUCACGCUGGUGUCUCUCAAGGUCUUACAGUGUCCCAGUCGUCUAAAGAAGUUAAUACCAGCUGGAUAAUGUUUAAUAGGCCUACUACACUUACACCUUUUCAUGCUGGAUUUUUGCUUGGUUUAGGACUUAACGGUCAUUUGAAAGAACUAGCUACAUGGCAUUCCUUUAUUUACUUAACUAGUAAGCACGACAUUACAAGCAUCGGGCUGCUUUUGGGAUUGUCGGUAUCCUAUCUCGGUACCAUGGAUGCAAAAAUAACCAAAUUGUUAAGUGUGCAUGUAUUGGCAUUAUUACCGAUGGGGUCUAGCGAAUUGAAUAUUUCGCCUUUGACGCAGACCGCGGGAAUAUUAGGGAUUGGGCUACUCUUUUUUAACUCUUGUCAUAGACGAAUGUCAGAAGUUACCAUGGAGGAGAUAUUAACACCCGAGCAAAAUCAAUAUAAAAAUGAAGGCUAUAAGCUCGCCGCAGGGUUCGCUUUAGGUUUAAUAAACCUUGGCAAAGGCUCAAAUCUUCCGGGAAUGGCAGAUUUGAAGCUCGUUUCAAGACUGCAAAUGGGUAUAUCCAGUCAAGCUGCUUUCCAGUCUCUAGAAACCGGAUCCCCUGGAGCAAUAAUGGCACUAGUUUUGAUUUACCUAAAAACCAACGAUAUUGAGAUUGCGAAAAAAAUUGAUAUUCCCAAGUCUAGAUAUCUACUUGACUUUUAUCGACCAGAUAUAAUUCUUUUACGAGUUUUAGGAAAGAACCUAAUAAUGUGGGAUGAAGUUAAAGCAGAUUUUGAAUGGGUGAAAAGUCAAAUACCUGAAAUAAUGAUUUCACAAUUUGAUUUGCGUGAAAAGAAUACAUUAUCCUCAGAUGAUCUACUAUUGUAUAAUGUAAUAAGUGGCAUAUGUCUUUCACUUGGGCUUCGUUUUGUCGGUUCAGGGAAUCUAAAAGCAAAAGAGAUACUUCUUAACUUUUUGGAUAAUUUUAUCCGACUUUGUCGUUUACCAGCAAAGACUUACGAUGAAAGGGUAACCUCAGUUACUGUCGUUCGUUGUACUCACGUAGUUGCUCUUUCCGUUGCAUGUGUAAUGGCAGGAUACUGCGAUCUGGAAGCACUACAAAGACUACGAUUAUUGCAUGGAAGAAUUGAGCCUGCGAACUAUGGCGCUCAAAUGGCUACGCAUAUGGCUCUUGGAAUAUUAACGUUAGGAGAAGGUCGCUAUUCUCUGUCUCAUAGUAAUUUGGCAAUUGCAGCAUUAUUAAUCUCUUUAUAUCCCCAGUUUCCAAAAAACUCUCAGGACAAUCAUUCACAUUUGCAAGCUUCUAGGAACCUUUGGGUCCUUGCUGUUGAAGAGAGAUGCUUAAUUCCUAGGGAUCAGGAAACAAAGAAGCCUUGUGUGAUCCCCAUGAGAAUAGGCCAUAAGGAUGGUACAGUGGAAAACUUCGAAGCACCCGGGCUUUUACCGUCUUUAGAUAACAUACACUCCAUAACGACGUUAAGUUCAAAGCAUUGGAAGUUGGAUUUGGACCUCGAGUCCAAUACUACUUAUCGCGAUUUGUUACAACAAUCACAAAUUCUUACAUUAGUACCUUAUGAUGAUACAGAUCCUAAAAACGAAUCUUCAAAUUUUCUGAGUCAAAUUGACAAAUCUUCUAACCCUCUCUGGGACUUGGUGAAAACAAGUAGCCUAUUUGAAGGACCAAAGAAUGCAUUGAAUCAGGCGACUCAAUCGAAAUCACGAACAAAUAGUGCACUUUCUACAAAACUGUCGCUUACGAUGUCAUUAAGCGAACUUUCAAAUGAUCAGCUUACAAGCGUUCAAAUAUUGUUACAAUUUUUCGAAUCGUGCUGGAGCGGAAUCUUGAAAGAAAAGUUUCACAACCGACAAUACUCGUUUUUGUCUCGUGAGUUUGUUGAAGAUUUGAGUCUUCGAGUCUGGGAGCUCGUGCAUGCCGUUUCUAAUACGAAAAAUGAUUAAUGACCUUUAUGAAUGAAUAAUGUUGUUUGGGUUGCUGAAUGUUUUUAAGUAAUAGCAUCCAGGACAUGAAAGAUCUUUAGACAUUUAUUUAACUCUAAAUAAUUUCAGAAAAGAAAUAUGUGUCAGCAUAUCUCUCCAUAGAACGGAGCCACGAUACAUCUACAAAAAUCCGAGUCUGUCUACUGCGUAGCUGUGUACAAUUAGACAUAUAAAUGUUGCACUUCUUCCUAAAACAAUUAAACAAUCGGUGGUUAUAAAUUUGGCUCAUCCUUUGUAACACAUGAAUUUACUGAAUACGAUGAAGUUUCUCGUACCUUUCUAUAUAAUAUUAUGAGGAACUACAAAAUUAUACGCAUUAUAUCUAUAAAAAAUAUAUAUAAACAAGCUAAAUGUCUUCCACAAGAUUUCACUUCUCUUCCAAUUUCCAGCUUUUCAAAUGAUUGAAAUAUCAUAUUAUGCCCUUCUUGUAUUUUACUAAAUUUAAUUGUUAUUUUAGCGAGUCUAACAGUAUCGUUAAUUAAGGUAUCUGUGUUACGCUAGUUUUCCGUGACAUACAUUACGAAGACGACGGAAGACAUUAUUCCUCCUCAAUCAAUGACUUCAAGCAUAUUGAAGAAUGACAACACCGUGGUUCACCUGUCCUUAGCAUAACACAAGCUCCAAAAUCGCAAUCUUAUAAACCGAAGAGAGACUAUUUGUGGUGGUGUU